AUGGAAAAUGACAAAAGAUAUAAUCAAAAACAAAAUAAUAAUGAUGAAAAUGAAUUUCCGAAUUCCAAGGUAUUGCUAAUAUCAGUAAAAAGGACAAGAAGAUUUUUAGAAAGAACGGCAAGAGAAUUACUAGCUGGUGGAACAAGAUACAUCAUUUUAAGUGGACUAGGGGAUGCUUUACCUUUAUGUGUGCAGUUGCAAUCUUCAUUACAAUCAAAAAAUGCAGCCGUUGUAGUAAAAAUUGAAACAUCCUAUAGCUACUUUAAUUCUAAUUAUUCAUAUACACCAGGUUUAAAAAUAUAUAUGGAGAAACAUCCUGAUUUUAAAGGAUCAAGAAUAUCACCAGGUUACGUAAGUUUUCAUGAAAAAACAGAUACAUUUACUCCUAUUUAUGAUGAAAAUCCAAAUGAAUAUAUUUGCUCAUUAAAUGCUGGUGAUAAUAACUUAUAUGUUGGUGGAGAUGGUAUUAAUGGAGCUUUUUUUGAAUUGUUAUCCUCUCAUAAUCAAUCUGUUGAUAAAUAUGAAUCUUUAUUUAAAGAAUUGUUAAACAAAGCAGUAAAAGAAAAUGGAGAAAAGACUGAUGAAGAAAUUAAAUCUGUUUUAUAUGAUAAUGUAGACAAAAAAUAUCCUGAUGUCAAAUUAGCGUUAUGUAGGAUUCGAAACUGCUUAAAAAAAGGAAAUGAUUACACAACUGGAUCAGUUUUUAUUGUUACUUUUAAAAAAAAUUUUCCAUAUAAAAAGGAGAAAAAUAUGGGAAUGGUUUAUGUAGUGGGUCCUAAAGGAAAGAAUUGUAACUCAGUAGAAGAAUUUUUAGAUGCAGUUCAAGAAACAGCAGAAAAUUUAAUGACAGCAUUAUGUGAUUAUAAUGGGUUAGUAAAGAGAGAAGAAAUAAAACAUGUAAGAAUGAAUACAUGUAGAAUAUGUUUAUUUUCAGGAAAUAUAUAUAAACAUCCUAAUGCAUCUAAACUAGAUGUGGCAAAAUCUAUUUUAAAUGGUUUAGCUGUUGGAUAUAGACAUGGCCCAUCUCCUAGAUUAAAUUUUGCAUAUGAUGAAAAUGUUUUUAAGGAUGCGUGGAUAGAAACAACAGGAUUACAAGUUUUUAAUCAUAAUGAUUAA